AUGAGUCGUCAUCCUGAGGUGAAGUGGGCCCAAAGGGUGGACAAGGUUUUCAUUACUGUGCUUUUGCCUGAUGCAAAGGACGCCAAGGUUAAACUUGAACCUGAUGGAGUUUUUAGUUUCUCUGCUAGUGCCGGUGCAGAGAAUCACCAUUAUGAACUGAAACUGGAUCUUUUUGAUAAGGUUAAUGUGGAGGAAAGCAAAAUAAAUGUUGGAGUGAGGAGUAUCUUCUGUAUCUUGGAGAAGGCAGAGAAAGUUUGGUGGAAGAAGCUUUUGCGUGGAGAUGGAAAGACACCCCAUUAUGUCAAAGUAGAUUGGGACAAAUGGGUGGAUGAAGACGAGGAUACUGGAUCAGGUCCGAGUGACUUGGAUUUGGGAGGGAUGGAUUUCUCGAAAUUUGGUGGUAUGGGAGGUGAUGAUGCAAUGGGUGACUUUGAUGAUAGUGACGAAGACCUAGAAUUGCCAAAGCCGGGAGAACACGAAGCAGAAGAGAUUGGAGAUGAUCCUUCGGAAGAGAAGAAGGAAGAGAAAAAGGAAGCUGCAGGGAGCACAUAA